GCGUUUUUUUCAAACACAGCGCAAAAGGCUAUUUCAGGAAUGGCAUUGUGCGGUCUUGGCAGUCGAGUCAUUGUGCAUGCAGGUCACAAAAGUGACCACUUCACCGCGAAUUUAUGUGACGCAUCUUAUCCCUGCGCAUACAUGUCUAGUCCAAGGCAAGCCUUUCCCCCAUAUACUUUAAAAAAGCAGGUGUAACAGAUAAACAGAUGAGUUAAUAAGUUGGAACGAUUCACGUCCUGUGCUAGACUUUAGAAAGGGGGAACUACUUUAUACUUUCUGGCAUUCACUUAGCACACCCUUCAAUUUGCCCCUCAGUAAGAUGGCGGCCGCAGGGUACUGCAACUACUUUUAGUCAGAAGCAGGAACAGCUACGUCGGGGCUUGGGUGGUGGAGUCGAAACAUCUGUGUCCUUGCUACAAGAACAGACGUGUUUUGUGCAGCGAAACGAUGUGAUUUUUUCAGACGUGAUUCAACAGUUUGGCAUCAGAACGUAACGAUGGGGCCAUGACCGCGUGGGUGCGAGCGACCGGGUCCCGGGACGGCAGGCCUUGACCCCUGACCCCAAACUGGCCCUGACUCCACCCCGUCCCGCCGGACCCGGGAUCGAGCUCCCUGCUGGGCUCUGUGUGCGGGGGCCAUGCAGUUUGGGCGGGGGCUGGACUCCCGCUGUGCGCUGGUCCUGCUGGUGGGGCUGCAGCUGGCCUUCCUGCUCUACUUCUCCCUGGGCGGCUUCGGCGGCGUCGGCGGCCUGGCCGCGGUGCUGGUGCGCUCCGCCCAGCAGGAGUUUGACUACUCGCGCCCUCACGACGUCUACACCAACCUCAGCCAGCUGGGGGCGCUGCCCUCACCGGACGCCAGGGCACUGGAGUACUGCCCCCUGCUCUCCCCUCUGCUGGUGGGUCCUGUGUCAGUGCGCCUUUCUUCGCCCCCCUCCGUGGAUGAAAUUCGGAAGAGGAACCCCCUGGUGUCUCCCGGGGGCCACUGCGGCCCCCGCAGCUGCGAGUCCCGCCACCACACGGCCAUCAUCAUCCCGUACCGGGACCGGCUGGCCCACCUGCGCUCCCUGCUGUACCACCUGCACCCCUUCCUCCAGAGACAGCAGCUGCAUUACGCCAUCUACAUCGUCCACCAGGUGGGGAACUCCACUUUUAACCGGGCGAAGCUGCUGAACGUUGGGGUGCGCGAGGCUCUGAGGGACGGGGACUGGGACUGCCUGUUCCUGCACGACGUGGACCUGCUGCCGGAGAACGACCACAACACAUACACCUGCCACGCCCAGUCCCCCACCCACCUGUCCGUGGCCAUGGACAAGUUCCGCUACAGGUUGCCAUACCCGCAGUACUUCGGGGGCGUGUCCGCGGUGACACCUGACCAGUACCUGCGAAUGAAUGGCUUUCCCAAUGAGUACUGGGGGUGGGGCGGGGAGGAUGAUGACAUCGCUGCCAGAGUGCGGCUCUCCGGGAUGAAGAUUGUUCGGCCGUCCGUAGAGGUGGGACACUACAAGAUGAUCAAACACCACGGAGACAAGGGCAAUGAGGAGAACCCUCACAGGUUUGACUUGCUAAUGAAGACCAGGAGGAGCUGGCGCACAGAUGGGCUGAACUCUCUGACCUACACCCUUCUGUCCAAAGAGCUGGAGCCCCUGUACACCAACCUGUCCGUCAGCAUCGGGGACGACCCCCGCAGGAAAGCCCCGCCCCUUCCGGCUAAACCUGUGUCAAAGAAUUCAGGUAUAACCUGAUCUGCUGCUGUGUGAAGGACCGCGCCCCUGGCUAACAGACUCGUGCCCCUGGCUAACGGACCCUUGCCCCUGGCUAACGGACCCUUGCCCCUGGCUAACGGACUCGUGCUCGUGCUAACGUGCUCGUGCUAACGGGCCCGUGCCCGUAGGCUAAUGGACCCGCGCCCGUAGGCUAACGGACCCGCGCCCGUAGGGUAACGUGCUCGUGCUAACGGACUCGUGCCCAUGGCUAAUGGACCCGCGCCCGUAGGGUAACGGACUCGUGCCCGUGGCUAAUUGACCCGUGCCCGUGGCUAACGGACCCCCGAUGCCUUUCAGGGGAGACCCGUGGCAAGCAGAGCCCCUCUCUGCUUAAAGGGACAGUUCACUUUCUGAGCUUUUAAAAUGUUAUGUCCGCUUCAGUGCUUACCUUUACAGUGGCAGGUACAGGGCAUUCAGGUGUAUGUGUUCUAAAGCAAAAAACAUAAAUAAAAUAUACACUACUUGGCCAAAAGUAUGAGGAUGCCUGACAUCCAACAUCUCUUCCAAAAUUAUCCCUAUGAAUAUGGAGUCGGUCCACCCUUUGCUGCUGUAACAACCUCCACUCUUCUGGGAAGGCUUUAUAUUGGAUAUUGGAGCAUUGCUGCAGGGAUUUGCUUCCAUUCAGCCAGACAAACACUAGUGAGGUUGGGCACUGAUUGGGUGAUUAGGCCUGGCUCUCAGUUAGCUUUCCAAUUGAUCCCAAAGGUGUUGGAUGGGGUUGAGGUCAAGGCUCUCUGCUGGCCAAUCAAGUUCUUCCACACUGUUCUCAAAAAAAAAAAAACAUUUCUAUAGGACCUUGCUGUAUGCCUGGGGGCAGUGUCAUGCUAAAACAGGAAAGGGUCUUCCCAAAACCGUUGGGGAAGCACAGAAUCAUCUAGAAUGUGAUUGCAUGCUGUAACUAAGAUUUGUCUUCACUGGAACUAAGGGGCCUAGCCUAAGCCAUAAAACAGCCCCAGACCAAGGGGUGUCCAGGUAAUUUUGGUCUUAUAGUGUAUAUUUAUAUAUAUAUUCAUAUGGCACAUGAAAAGGCCAUUGCUCUUGACCACAAGCUUCAGACCACAAAUAGCCUUUAACUGCUAUUGUAAAGACCGGCAGGCUGUCAGAAACUUGUCUAAACAUCUAGAACAUUCUUCAUUGCACACGCACGCAGUUUGAGCCAAUCGACGGCGUACAUUAAAAUGGAAAUAUUAUUUUUUCAAACACACCCCAGAAGGUGAGCUGUCUCCCUACUCUUGCUGGUUGCCAAAGGCCCCUAUGUUUGUGCCCGCAGUCUGGGAUGGUAUGCUGAAACAAUUCCAAACUGAAAACAAAGUUUAUUUUUCUAGUUUCUAUAUGUGCCUUUUCUCCUAGCUUUUCUAGGUCCAUGUUUUUUGUGAGUGAAGAUUUAUUAUUUUUGUCCUCCUCAGACUAGUAGUUAUAUUUGUAUAUUUUUGAUUUGCCUUUUUUUUAAGGGUGUCUCUACUUAAAGCAAAUUGCUGUGAUUUUAAGGUAUUUAUUUAAAGAUCAAAGUAUUUAUUAAUUGAAUAUGAUGAUUCAAAAAAUAAUUACAUUUAGAAAUGGAUCAUUCAGGUUAAAUCUUAAAGCUUGCGCACAGGAUUCAUGGAAUAACUUAUUGUUGAUACUGGGUCUUCAAAUAAUGUGCUUUUGUACGUGAUUUAUGCGAUUUUGUUAUAUAUAUCAUGUGAUAAAAUGAACAGACUGGGACUGUAUUAUCUUUGCUUUUGGGCAUAUAGUUGAUUUUGCUGUAUAUAGUUAGAAGUCUAUUUUUUUGUUUAAGAAUUUCAUAAAAAGGGAUUAUUAAGGGUUGGUUUGAUAGUGGCAGAAUGAAUUGUACUGCCAGCAUUUUUGCACUGAGAAGCCAGAUCUUGAAAUGGUCAAAUGAUUUGCUGCCUCUUAAGAGGAUAAAUGUCUUGGAUCAUUUUAUGGGUGUAUAUUUCUCUUAUCAGCAUCUCCCAGCUAAUUAUGGCCUCUGUUCAGAAGUCAGUUGUAUUAAUGUUUAGGUUUCUGUAAUAUAUCCAUAUACACAUAUCCACGUUGCAGCGCACCGUGAACAUGGUGAAACAAGAAAUUAUCUUUGCAAUGUUGGAAUGUCUUUGUCUUUUAAUUUGAAGCAUUCAUAGAGUUGGGUGGAUACUGUCUCUGUGGCAGCCAAUCAGAAGCCCUGCAGUGUUGGCCAUCCAGAAUGUCUAAUUCUGUGUGCAUGUGCUUAAAUUGGACAUAGCUGAAACCAUAGUUCAUAUGCAGCCUGAAUCAAUGUGGCUUUUCCCAGAAGAAAUGCUAAGGCCUGUAUAUUCACAAUAUAGAAGUGUGAACUGAAAUUCUGUUCCAAAACCUUUUAUCAGAGGUGGAUGGUUAGUUCAAAUACUUAUGAAAUCGUGUUUUCCAAGUAAAUAAUUGCUUUUGGGGUCAGGCCUCAGACAAUUUUGGUCAAUAUUAUUUAUCUGUUUAACCACUAAUGGGAUACAGUUGACAGUAUGAAUGAAGAGGAUAGCAGUGGGAGGGUUUUCAUUGUUAAAACUAUUGUAUGUCUUUUUGGUAGAAGUCAUAAUCACAGUUCAGUAAAUGAAAUUCACUCUCUUCUGCCUGUUAGAUUUUCAUAUGUGUAAUAACAUACCUUUUAAUUAAUAUUAAGGUUGGUGGACCAAAAUCAUCGUGGGAUGUCUAAAGGUCAGGGCUAUGGACACUUUUUUCUUCUUUUUUUUUACUUGAAAAUACCUACACAUUUCCUAUUUUUACAGAUGAGUUGUAUCAUUGUCAUUAAAAUAUGCAUACAUAUA